GCUCCUUCACUUCCCAUCACUUUCUCUUCCACAAAGCAAAAACACUUGGAAACACACAAAACACUAGACUCACCUGAACCCUUAUUCUCUAAAUGGCACGACCACAACAACGUUUCCGUGGCGUUAGACAGAGACAUUGGGGCUCUUGGGUCUCCGAAAUCCGCCACCCUCUCUUGAAAACAAGAAUCUGGCUGGGGACGUUUGAGACGGCGGAGGAUGCGGCAAGAGCCUACGACGAGGCGGCGAGGCUAAUGUGUGGCCCGAGAGCUCGUACCAAUUUCCCUUACAACCCAAACGCCAUUCCUUCUUCCUCUUCCAAGCUCCUCUCGGCCACUCUCACAGCCAAACUCCACAAAUGCUACAUGGCUUCUCUUCAGCUGACCAAACAAGCUCAAACGCAAACGCAAACGCAGAACGCGAGAUUACGGCCGUUAUCCGUGGCGGACACUGACGGCGUGACGUCAGACGGGAAUCAGUAUAACAGAGGAGGAGGAGGAGUAACGGAGACGAUGACGGAGAUCAAGUGGGAAGAUGGAAACUCUGAACUGCAGCAGAAUUUCAGGCCAUUAGAGGAAGAUCACAUCGAGCAAAUGAUCGAGGAGCUGCGUCAUUACGGCUCCAUUGAGCUCUGCUCUGUUUUACCUACUCAGUCGCUGUGAGAAACGGCCCUGUCGUUUUAGCGGGAUUCUUUUUUUUUAAAGAUUAAUUUAUUUUCCCUUCCAACGAAAACGACGUCGUGGUACUUUCGUUAAAGUGAAGAGAGGAGUAGAAGUGGUACUGGUAGAAGAAGAAAAAAAAGUGGCUAAUCUCAAGACAUUUGAUCUGAAUUGGCCUCUUUGAAACACUCAUUCUUGUUUCUUCAAGAGCAAUCGAUCAUUUGCUACGUAUAAUGUAUAUUAUUUUGUUUUAUUAUAUAAAAAAAUUA